CUAGUCAUCCCAUCAAUCACGUUAAAAAGCUGAAGCUGUCAUCCUGCAUAGCACAGUCUGAUAAUGCUUAGAAAUACAGUCAAGUUGUAAGCACUGUGUUUUGUCAUGCAGCUCCAACACAAAUGGAUGAAGGGGUUUGUGGCAGCAGUGCUGUUCUCCGGAUUAUAUAAACUAUGGCCGAAACUUCCAGGCACUGCAACAAUGGAGGGUCUGACAGCAUUCGAAUCACCCAGAGGCGAUUAACAUCAAAAAAAAUAAUACGUUCGAAUAAUCGAUGGACGCAUCAACUACUGGCGAAGCCAAAUCGCACUUCCCAAUUGUCGGAAGUGAUGGGUGGUCCACCGCGGACGAAGCAACCGCAACCUGCUUCUGCGGCGCCGUGCAAUUGUCUUUUCCAACCCACGGUCCCGGAUUCGUGGUCUCGUUUAUCUGCAACUGCACCGACUGCCACAAAAUCACGGCCUCGAUGCACUCGACCGGCUUCAUCGUCCACGACACCCACCUGAAACAUUUGCGCGGGCAGGCGGUCCUGAAGACAUACACGCAGCCUAAAUCCCCCGGGAGCGAAACGACGGUGACCAACCAUUUUUGUUCCACGUGCGGAUCGCUCAUGUAUCGCGUCAGUGCGGCUUAUCCGGGCAUGAGUGCGCUACGGGUUGGGACGGUGGACGGAUUUUCUUUGCACGAAACGAGGUUGCGGCCGACGGUGGAGUUGUUUACCAGGGACCGCGUAGCGUGGAAGCCUCCUACCGCUGGGGUGGAGCAGUUUGUGGCCGAUGGGUUGCAUUAGACAGAGUGGAUGUACAGUAAAGUAAUCUAUGCAAUUGAAU